AGUGAAAGCAAAGUGUUCUUCUAUGCCCCAGGGAUGUAGAGGCAAUUUACUCUUCCCUUGAAGACUGGCCCUGUGUGAACUGAGAAGAAAGGCAUUCUGAAGGCUGUUUAGAAGAGAAUACUUCUAGGAAUCAGGCUUCUUCUAUACUGAAAGCCAAGUGUUACCUCAUUAGUUUUUUAUUUUGAGAAGGUGAAGGAACAGAUUUUCUGACAACUGCUUAGUCAGAGAACUCCAUUUCAGAAGAUGUCAAUGAACAACUCUUCCAGUGUAUUCCUGGAUGCAGCCCCCAGUCAUCCAAAUCGUUUUCAAGUUAAUGUAAUUAAUGAGAGCCAUGAAAGCAGUGCAGCUGCCGAUAGCAAUCACGACCCUCCGCAUUAUGAAGAAACAUCCUUUGUUGAUGAAGCCCAUAACAGACUGAGAAUCAGCUUUAGGCCUGGGAAUCAGGAGUUAUACGACAAUUUCCUCCAAAGUGGAGAAACUGCUAAGACAGAUGCAAGUUUUCAUACCUAUGAUUCUCAUACCAACACAUACUACCUACAAACCUUUGGCCACAACACCAUGGAUGCGGUUCCAAAGAUUGAUUACUAUCGUAAUACUGGCAGCAUCAGUGGUGCCAAAAUGAACAGACCUAGUUUAUAUGAGAUACACGAACAACUUGCCAAGAAUGUGGCUGUGACCCCAGGCUCUGCUGACAGAGUUGCUAAUGGAGAUGGGAUGCCUGGUGAGGAACAAUCUGAAAACAAAGAGGAAGACCCUCAUGCAGGCGCUGUGAAGUUUGGAUGGGUGAAAGGUGUGCUGGUGAGAUGCAUGCUGAACAUCUGGGGUGUGAUGCUUUUCAUUCGCCUCUCCUGGAUUGUAGGUGAAGCUGGAAUUGGUCUUGGUGUGAUUAUCAUCGGUUUAGCCGUGACAGUGACUGCUAUCACUGGCUUAUCCACCUCUGCUAUUGCCACAAAUGGAUUUGUCAGAGGAGGUCUUGGAGUUCUCAUAAUUCUUCUUUCCACCAUGGUAACCUCUAUUACUGGGUUGUCAACUUCUGCGAUAGCAACUAACGGGUUUGUACGUGGAGGUGGGGCUUACUAUCUCAUUUCUAGAAGCUUGGGGCCAGAAUUUGGUGGCUCCAUAGGCCUCAUCUUUGCUUUUGCCAAUGCAGUGGCUGUCGCUAUGUAUGUAGUGGGAUUCGCUGAAACCGUGGUUGACCUUCUUGCGGAGAGCAACUCAAUAAUGGUGGAUAAAAGCAACGACAUCAGAAUAAUAGGUUCCAUUACAGUGGUGAUUCUUUUAGGUAUUUCGGUGGCCGGAAUGGAAUGGGAAGCCAAGGCACAAGUGAUACUUCUCAUUAUCCUUCUCAUUGCAAUUGUAAAUUUCUUCAUUGGAACUGUCAUUCCCUCCAAUCAGGAGAAGAAAUCCAGGGGUUUUUUUAAUUACCAAGCAUCUAUCUUUGCUGAAAACUUUGGACCAAGCUUCACAAAAGGAGAAGGCUUCUUCUCUGUCUUUGCCAUAUUUUUCCCAGCAGCUACUGGCAUUCUUGCUGGAGCUAACAUCUCUGGAGAUUUGGAGGACCCACAAGACGCCAUCCCCAGAGGAACAAUGCUGGCCAUUUUUGUCACCACUAUUGCCUACCUAGCGGUUGCUAUUUGUGUAGGAGCCUGUGUUGUCCGAGAUGCCACUGGAAAUGUGAAUGACACAAUCAUCUCUGGGAUGAACUGUAAUGGCUCAGCAGCCUGUGGUCUGGGCUACGAUUUUUCCAGAUGUUUAAACCAAAACUGUCCAUAUGGUCUAAUGAACAACUUCCAGGUAAUGAGCAUGGUCUCAGGAUUUGCACCCUUAAUCACGGCUGGGAUCUUCUCUGCAACUCUCUCCUCUGCUCUGGCCUCUCUUGUCAGUGCACCAAAAGUUUUCCAGGCUCUUUGCAAGGACAAUAUCUACAAAGGUCUUCAUUUUUUUGCAAAAGGAUAUGGGAAAAACAAUGAACCUCUAAGAGGAUAUAUUCUCACCUUCAUUAUUGCCAUGGCAUUCAUUCUGAUUGCGGAACUGAAUAUCAUUGCUCCCAUCAUCUCCAACUUCUUCUUGGCUUCAUAUGCACUUAUUAACUUCUCCUGUUUUCAUGCAUCUUAUGCAAAAUCUCCAGGCUGGAGACCUGCAUAUGGGGUUUACAACAUGUGGGUAUCUCUUUCUGGAGCCAUAUUGUGCUGUGCAGUCAUGUUUGUUAUAAAUUGGUGGGCAGCUGUCAUCACCUAUGUUAUUGAGUUCUUCCUCUAUAUCUAUGUGACAUACAAAAAGCCAGAUGUGAACUGGGGAUCCUCUACUCAAGCUCUUUCCUAUGUGAGUGCUUUAGACAAUGCGCUGGAAUUAACCACUGUAGAAGAUCAUGUGAAAAAUUUCAGGCCCCAGUGUAUUGUUUUAACUGGUGGACCCAUGACGAGACCAGCUCUACUGGACAUAACGCAUGCAUUUACCAAGAACAGUGGUCUCUGCAUCUGCUGUGAAGUCUAUGUGGGACCGCGCAAGGAGUGUGUGAAGGAGAUGAACAACGGCAUGGCGAAGAAGCAGGAGUGGCUUCUCAAGAACAAAAUUAAGGCUUUCUAUGCCGCAGUAGCAGCAGACUGCUUUAGGGAUGGUGUCAGAAGUCUCCUUCAGGCCUCGGGCUUGGGAAGAAUGAAACCAAACACUAUGGUGAUUGGAUUUAAAAAAAACUGGAGGAAAGCUCCCCCUGCAGAGAUUGAGAACUAUGUGGGAAUUAUACAUGAUGCCUUUGAUUUUGAGAUUGGUGUGAUUAUUGUCAGAAUUAGCCAAGGGUUUGACAUCUCUCAGGUUCUCCAGGUGCAAGAGGAAUUAGAAAAAUUAGAACAAGAGAGAUUGGCAUUAGAAGCCACGAUUAAAGAUAAUGAGAGUGAAGAAGGAAGUAGAGGUAUCCGGGGACUGUUCAAAAAGGCUGGAAAAUUGAAUAUCACCAAGCAAGUUCCCAAAAAAGAUACUGGCAUUAACACAAUCCAGUCAAUGCACGUGGGGGAGUUCAAUCAGAGACUGGUGGAAGCCAGCACUCAGUUUAAAAAGAAGCAAGGCAAAGGCACCAUUGAUGUUUGGUGGUUGUUUGAUGACGGAGGGUUAACACUCCUAAUCCCCUAUAUCCUGACUCUCAGGAAAAAAUGGAAAGACUGCAAAUUAAGGAUUUAUGUUGGAGGCAAGAUAAACCGUAUUGAAGAAGAAAAAAUAGCGAUGGCUUCACUUUUGAGCAAAUUUAGGAUAAAAUUUGCAGACAUCCACAUCAUUGGUGACAUCAAUAUUAAACCAAACAAAGAAAGCUGGAAAUUCUUUGAAGAGAUGAUUGAACCGUAUCGUCUCCAUGAAAGCUGCAAAGAUUUAACAACCGCUGAGAAAUUAAAAAGAGAAACUCCAUGGAAAAUUACAGAUUCAGAACUGGAAGCGUUCAAGGAAAAGAGUUACCGUCAAGUCCGAUUGAAUGAACUCUUACAGGAACACUCACGUGCUGCUAAUCUUGUUGUUCUGAGUCUUCCAGUGGCUAGAAAAGCCACUAUCUCGGAUAUCUUGUACAUGGCCUGGCUAGAAAUCCUCACAAAGAACCUCCCUCCUGUCCUGCUGGUUAGAGGAAAUCACAAAAAUGUCCUAACUUUCUAUUCAUAAUAUACCAAGGAUUUAAGCACAAUUCAUUUUAAUAUGUGAAAGGCAAAAUGUCUGUCAAGCACUUUGUGUUCCAGAUCUGAUCUCAAGUAACUUCCAAAGACUACUCUAUUGGUUCACAACCAACUCUGUCACUAAUUUAAAAAAAAAAACCCUUACUAAUAAAAUCUAAAUAAUGUAAACCUAUCUGCUAAAAGUGGUGCCAGCAUCAGAAGAAGCAGGACCUGCUUCCAGGCAAAUGUUAUCAUUGCUGUUAAUAUAUGAUUAAGGACAUGAAAGGAAGCCAUGUUUGUUGUACUUAUUUUUUAAAAACCACCAUAAGUGUAAACUCCUCUGGAGUAGGAAUCAAAUCUUCUCUUUUCAUGGUAUUUGCUUAUGAAGUCUAACUAUAGUAUUCAGAAAACACAUGUUGACUAACUGAUUUAGUAACUCAGGCUUAUUAAAUGGAAAAGGACAAACUUGGCAGGAAACAUGAUC